AUGCCUUACGUCCCCAAGGAGCUGGCGCUCAAAUUGCGUGCAGCCGACCAAGGUCACGUGCUCAUGUUUGAUGAUGCGGACAACCUUUCGCCAUUAGAGGCACGGGAGUUUGCAAAGGAGCUUGAAGCUCUUGAUCUAGAGUUCCUGCAAACCAUUUUCCAAGCUUCAACACAAGGGACAAUUGCUGAGACAAGGACGAUUGAACCCCUUAGGAGCUAUGAUCGAUUAGAGCAAUGCUCGAUACAAGACAAGCAGCAUUGGUUGAAUCUAGGCCUGGAAAGUAUUAGUCGAGGACAAGUUGCUGCUCUGGUAUUGAGUGGGGGUCAAGGUACCCGACUGGGUUUUGCAGGUCCUAAGGGUAUGUACGACAUUGGUCUACCGUCAGAGAAGAGUUUAUUUCAGCUUUUUGCAGAAAGAAUUGUGGCUCUGCAAGUUUUAGCUGGAGACAAAUUUUCGACAAGAUUACGACAGGAGAUUCAAAUUCCAUUUUACCUUAUUUUGGAGAAUGCACACAAGUUGGCGACAGCACCAGAUGGUAAUGGUGGCAUUUACAAAGCAAUGAAGUCAAGUGGAGCGCUUGCCAGACUGCAGGCGUGUGGUGUGAAAUACUUGCAUGUCUUUUCGGUGGACAAUGCGUUAUGCAAAGUGGCCGACCCAACUUUCAUUGGGUACUGCAUCGACAAGCAAGCAGACUGUGGCAACAAGGUGGUAUGGAAGGCGCAGCCCGAUGAACGUGUCGGCGUUGUGGCCAAGAGGAAUGACCGCUUUUGUGUGAUCGAGUACUCGGAAAUCGAUCGUGAAAUGUCUGAGCGUGUGGACCCUCGCACAGGCAAGUUGGCUUUUGGAUCGGCCAAUAUUUGCAAUCACUUUUUCACAAUUGAUUUCUUGGUAGACGUAGUGCUCCCAAAUUUGAGUCUUACGUAUCACGUAGCUCACAAGAAAAUCUCAAUGGUGGACGAUACGGGAGCAACUUACACUCCCACAAGUAACUCAGGGAUCAAGCUCGAGUCCUUUAUUUUUGACGUCUUCCCAUUGUCAUCGCGGAUGGCGGUUCUCUCUGUUCCUCGUGAGUCCGAAUUUGCGCCGGUCAAGAAUCCUUCUGGAGACCCUAUUGAUUCACCCGACAGUGCCCUUCGCAUGAUGCACACAGAAGGGAAAGCCUGGCUUCUUGCAGCGGCCACUGUAACUUCUACUGCAGAGGAAAUCAAAAGCUUUGUUCAUGAAAAACUGGAAAAGGCUCGGCAAAUUGAAAUUUCGCCCCUGGUUUCAUACAGUGGUGAAGGAUUGGAAGCUUACAUAAAACCUUUGAUGGACGGCCUUCCUCGCGACAUCAUCCGACUGGAAAGCUCGAAAUUUAUGGCAAGCGCUAACUCCAUUCCACCUUCUAUUCGACGAGUAUUUGACAAAGCGGGGCAGGGCCAUGUCUUUCGUUUCGUCGAUGCAGGCCGAGUAAAUGCUCAGGAUGCUUGCGAGCUGGUUGAGGCCCUUAGAGAACUCGAUCUGCUGCAAAUUGUCGAUUUGUUUGAGCGAUCCACUAAGGCUGACAACGUCGAAAAGAAGAUAGUUGACCAGCUGUUACCACUUGAGGAAGGAGUAGUGCAUCAGCUGAGUGAAACUGCGCCAGAGGUAAGGACAAAUUGGCAUGAUCUCGGUCUUGAGGCAGUUUCGAAAGGUAUGGUAGGCGCCCUGAUACUGGGUGGUGGCCAAGGCACACGCCUGGGCUUCGCUGGUCCUAAGGGCAUGUAUAACAUCGGUCUUCCGUCCGGAAAGUCACUUUUUGAGAUUUUUGCGCAGCGAGUGAUUAAGGUGCAAAUGCUGGCAGAAGCUCGUUUUAAACCAGCCGAGCCACCAAAGAUUCCGUUACUCAUAAUGACUAGCGAGAUGAACCACGAAGCAACGGUGUCUUUCUUUCGCGAGAACAGCUUUUUCGGACUCUCAAGGGACCAACUUCACUGUUUUUGUCAGGGAACACUUCCCUGCUUUACUGAGAACGGUAAGCUGAUUCUCGAGACGGCGAGUCGGCUAGCGCGGGCCUCGGAUGGCAAUGGUGGCAUCUACUCAGCCAUAAAACGCAAUGGACUGCUUAGCCUUCUGGGCGAGCACAAUGUGCAGUAUUUACAUGUAUUUUCGGUGGACAAUGCACUCUGCAAGGUUGCGGAUCCAGUCUUCAUCGGCUACUGCAUAGACCAGGACGCUGACUGCGCAAACAAGGUCGUGUGGAAGAGUCGUUCUGAUGAGAGCGUGGGUGUAGUGGCCAAACGUAAUGGCACAUAUUGCGUGGUAGAGUACUCAGAGCUUGACCAGGCUGCAUCGGAACAGGUGGACCCUUCGACCGGCAAGCUCAGCUUUGGAGCCGCCAAUAUUUGCAACCACUUCUUCAGACUGGACUUCCUUCAGCGCUGCUGCAACUGGAUCGACGCUGAAUAUCACGUGGCAAGAAAGAAGAUUCCGUAUGUGAAUGAUGAAGGCACUGCCAUAAUCAUCCCAACGAGCAACACAGGCAUCAAGCUUGAAACCUUUAUCUUUGACGUCUUUCCACUUUCCAAGAGUAUGAAAGUGCUUGGUGUCGCGCGUGAAGAUGAGUUUGCUCCAGUGAAGAACGCGCCUGGCGCAGCUUCCGACUCGCCUAAUACUGCGUGCCAACUACUCUCAGAUCAAUGUAAACGUUGGUUGCUUAACGCAGGUGCGACCUUCGAGGCUAGUGCACCUGAUGUCAUCUGUGAAAUCCUGCCGUCUCUGUCGUACAACGGCGAGGGUCUUGAGGAGGUCGUGCGCUCAAAAUCACCUAUUCGACUGCCCAUCGUGCUAGGACAAGACUAA